AUGCCAUUCAUCUCCAAAAUUCAGCGCCAAUCUGAUUACACCCUCUUCAGCUCCGCCACUCCCAUCGUCAUCGACAAUGGGGCCUCCUAUUUCCGUAUUGGAUGGGCUGGAGAGACUCAACCUCGUGUUGUUUUCCGCAGCAUUGUCCAACGGCCACGCCACAAAGCCACUGGAGAAAUUGUCACUAUUGUUGGUGACCAUGAUCCAGCAUUAAUGAAAUACUUUGACUGUAGUCGCACUGGACCCCGCUCAGCGUUUGACAGCAAUGUAGUUUACCAAUUUGAAAUGAUGGAAUAUAUUUUGGACUUUGGAUUUGACCGGUUGGGAGCAACAGGAUCAGAGAUUGAUCAUCCUGUCCUGAUCACUGAAUGUGUAUGCAACCCAAUUCAGUCUCGUAGUAAAAUGGCAGAACUUCUUUUUGAGACAUAUGGAGUUCCAUCUAUAGCCUUUGGUGUUGAUGCGGCAUUCAGCUACAAAUAUAAUCAACAACAUGGUGUUUGUAAUAAAGAUGGCCUUGCUUUGUGUCCUGGAUUCAAUACGACUCAUGUGAUUCCGUUUGUAGAUGGGGAGCCUAUAUAUAAAGGAUGUUGCCGAACCAAUGUUGGUGGGUUCCAUGUGACUGAUUAUUUAAAACAACUUCUUUCACUUAAAUAUCCUUAUCAUAUGGCUAGAUUUACAUGGGAAAAGGUUGACGACCUGAAGAUGGAACAUUGUUAUAUUGCACCAGAUUAUGCUUCUGAAGUUCGACUUUUUCAGAAAAAAUCUAAGGAGGCUAAAGAAAAAACCAGAUGUUGGCAGCUCCCUUGGGUUCCACCCCCUACGGAGGAGCCUCCUUCUGAAGAAGAGAUUGCUAGAAAGGCAGCAAUAAGAGAGAGACAGGGUCAAAGAUUACGUGAAAUGGCAGAGGCAAAGAGGUCCUCUAGAAUAAACGAAUUGGAAAAUGAAUUGCAUGGUUUGGAAUUUCUUCUAAAACAGCUUGAACAAGUUGAAGACAGUGAUAUUCCAUCUUUCCUAGCAGAGACUGGUUAUGUCUCUAGGCAGGAGAUAGAAUCUGCCCGCAUUAAAGUUACUCAAUCUUUACGUAAAGCAAAAGGUGAACCAAAGAGUGAACAAGCUGAAACCGAAAAAGCUGACUCUGGCAUUAAUGAAAAGUAUUCUCUUAUAAACAUCCCUGAUGACAUGCUCUCCCCUGAACAGCUAGUUGAAAAAAAGAAACAGCUGUUACUCAAAUCCAUGUCAGAUGGACGACAGCGAAUGAAGCAGAAGCGUUAUGAAGAGGAAUUGGAGCGAGAAAGGAAACAACAGUUAGAGGAGGAAAAACGCCUAGAGAACCCAGAGCUUUACUUGGAACAAUUGCGUGCCAAGUACAAAGACCUUUCAGAGAAAGUUGACCAGAGAAAACGGCUCAAGACAAACGGAGAUCAUUCCAAUGGAAAUAACUUGUCCGGUGGCAUUGGUCGUGGUGAGAGACUCAGUACUGCUCAGAGGGAGAGAAUGCGGCUCUUAACAACUGCUGCAUUUGAUCGCGGUAAGGGUGAAGAUACAUUUGGUGCCAAAGAUGAAGAUUGGCAACUUUACAAAUUAAUGAGUAAAGAUAAUGAUGAUGGUGACGACGGACCAGAUGAGGAUGACACUGAGCUAGCUCGCAUCUCUUCCAAGCUGCAGGACUUGGAUCCAACAUUCGUGCCGAAGCCAGAAACUGGUAGCUCUCAACCUGCUGAGGCGUCACGUGUUCGUCCUUUAACCAAAGAAGAUUUUCAAAUUGUUUUGGGUGUGGAAAGGUUCCGAUGCCCUGAAAUUUUGUUCAAUCCAAACUGGAUCGCAGUUGAUCAAGCAGGGCUGGACGAGAUGGCUGGGGUGUCAAUAAGAAGGUUAUCGUGUAAGGAUGAAGAGCUGGAAAAGAGACUGACAAACUCCAUACUUGUGACUGGUGGAAGUUCUAUUUUCCCGGGCAUGAUUGAACGGCUUGAAGCCGGAAUUAGGAUGAUUCGACCAUGUGGAUCACCCAUUAAGGUUGUCAGAGCAUUGGAUCCUAUUAUGGAUGCAUGGCGUGGUGCUGCUGCAUAUGCAACAAUCCCACUAUUCCAUACUCAAACCUUCAGUAGGAUGGACUAUUUUGAAAAGGGUGAAGAUUGCCUCCGCAGUUAUCAACUAAAAUAUUCAUUGUAAAUCGAUUCAUACCUCAAUUUACACAAUAUCGUCUUGUUGCAUAAAUUCAUAUAGCAUUGGUAUUCAUGCUACUUCUGCUUACUGAAUUUGUUUUACUUCUCUUAUAACGUGUUAAACAUUUUUAUUUUGUUCAAAGAUUAAUUUA